AUGUCAUUCCGACCGUACAACCGUCCGGUUACUGCACUGGCUGUUUCCAAAACAGGGGCUCUUUGUUUGAGUUCGUGUUUGGACCGGUCCACGAUCAGUGUGAAUCUGGCCUCGACGGACAAGUUCGGUGAGCCAGUAACGGAACUGGCCAACGAUACAAUCAAGCCUAUUUCGUGGAUCAGGUUCCAUCCAAGCCUUACACAGCAGAUCCUCACUUGUUCAGGGGACAUCAAAUUAUGGGACCUGGAGACGCGAAAACCUAUGAUUCGAAUGCACGGGAGUGUUGUAACGAAGGCGAUCUUUCUGGAAAACGGUCUGGUGGCCGGCUGUGGUGGCACGAGCAUUGAUUUCUACGACUCCAGAGUGUCUGGACACUCAAUUCACAGUCUACAAGGGUACCACACAGACGACAUCACCAGUUUGAGCGCAGUGAAUGGUCUACAACUUGUUUCUGGUGGUAACGACGGGAUGGUCAACCUGUACGAUCUCCGCGGGACACGGAACGUUGGACUGGACAUGGAGAUCGUGUACGAUAUGGUUGACCAAUUGAGUGUGACACAGGUCGAAUGGAGGUUUGGACGGUGUUUUGCGAAAUUGCACGGUGCUUGUCGGAUCGUCGAGAUCGACUUUGUUCGAAAAAACAACGAGAUCUGCAAAGAGUAUACGCUGUUGGUGGAUAAAGAAGAAGUUGGGGUCGAUUUCGAUUUUUCAGGCGACGAUAGUCUUGUAGUUGGAGGAGACAACCUGACCGAUCUGACCACCCAAACGGUUCUUCUUCAACCGUCCAACAACGACGUGGUCACCCGGCUAGCAUUGACCAAUAACAGUGGCGUCUGUGCCACCAACAAUGGAUACAUCUACAAAGUGUCGUGA